GUUUCAAAAUGUCCAUCAAAUUUAAACUUAUGGGUAAAUGUUUUCUAAGAAAAAUAUUGCGUCAUAUUUCUGGUGAGCCCAAUAAAAUUUACAGUUUAUUUUCUUGUCAAUGAACAGAAACCAGUACGUUAAUUGUGCUCAGUGAAGGUUUCCGGCGUUUCCGGCAAGGCACUGUUGGUGUUUCCGGCAAGUUUCCGAAAUAUUAUUCGCUAUGCAUGCCAAGUAUAUGGAUAUUAGAGUUGAAAUUCCUGCACAGAUGUAACAUUCACCCAAAUAAGAUCCUCAGAAUCCAGUGAUGGCAGCGUUUCAGCUACAGGCGGAUGUGCGCGAUGACGAGGAGCAGCAGACGAAGUACCAGGAGUGUCUGGACCUGCUGUUGGCAGCCGGAUACUUCAGAGCCCGCAUCCGGGGCCUCAGCCCUUUUGACAAGCUGGUUGGAGGCAUGGUCUGGUGCAUUGAGAUGUGCAGUUUGGAUGUGGACGUCGAUCUCUUUUACAAGGACGAGCUGACCAUUGGACAAAAAAUUGGUGUGACCGAGCGGAUUAUCGAGGUGCUACCUAAGAUGUCCUGCCCCCACCGGAUCGAGCCGCACCAGAUCCAGGGCCUCGACUGCGUACACAUUUACGCAGUUAUGCAGUGGUUGGUGAAGAAGGCUCUGGAGAACCAGGCCGAGACCACCAGCCACACGCUCGGCCACGGCGUGUUUCAGUUCAACCAGAGGCAGCCGACUCUGGCGCCCAGCCAGCCCGCGGCCAACCGUGCCCUCGUUCAGCUGGUGGAGGAGCGGUUUUGUCCGGUGUCUCAGCCCAGGGACCGCCGCGCGGAUCAGCCAGGGGAAGAGGCGCCGGACCUGAUCACCGAAUCGGAGCCCUCCCUGCAGCCCGACGUGCAGGCGGUGUCGGCAAUGCUGGGCAUGGGGGAGAUACAGCGGGCGGCGGAGGCUUAUCAGCAGCAGAGUCGUCAGCUGCAGGAGUCGGGUCUGGACGCCGACCAGCACGGCCGCCUGCUGGUCGCGCUGGCCGACCGGCAGACGGAGACGGAGCGGCGGCGAGCGGCCGUCCAGCACCGCCUGCAGCGGCUGCAGGCGCGCCGGCAGCGGCUCCAGCAGGAGCAGGAGCAGCUGGCCGAGGAGCGGGACGCGCUGGCCGGCCAGGAGGCGGCGCUGACCGCCGGCCUGACCCCCGAGCAGGCGGUGACGCUGGAGGCAAUCCUGACCUCGUUUAAGGAAGCCGACACAAUAUUGUCCGAGGACCAGGCCUUCAAGGAGGAGUGCAAAGCGGAAUACGCAAAACUUCAAGACGAGAUAAGCCGUCUCCAGGAGAGUGUCGACGGUCGUGCUCGCUCCGACCCGGACACCGAGCGAGAGGUGCUGAAACAGACAGUCGUCGUGGACGGAUUGAGGACGCAGGUUGCGGCCGUCAGCCGACAGGUGGCACUGCUGGAGCGCCAGCUGGACGAUGUGCCGUCCCGGGCCGAGAUCGCCCAAUAUCAGAAACGCUUCGUCGAGCUCUACAAUCAGGUGAACUCGACCCACAAGGAGGCCAAGGAGCACUACGCCACCAAUAACCUGCUCUCGGACACGCUGCGCUACCUGGAGAACGAGCUGGCGCUGCUCAACUCGGUCUCGGAGAACUACGCGGCGGCGAGGGGUUCGGCGCAGGGCCGCGCCGACUUCCUCCAGCAGCUGGACGCCAUCGUCUUCAACGUCCGCUCCAACCAGAACAAGGUUCUGGUGAAGAAGCAGGCGGAGAAGCGCACGCUGGACGCGCUGAUGGCGGAGCUGGAUCAGCUGCGGGCUCUCUCCCGCACCUACCAGACGGUGCUCAAACAGUUCAGGGACGAGUGCGCGCUCAAUGAGACCCUGACCUCGGCCGGAGGCGACGGGCUGACACAGUGACCCGGGUCACCGGGCAGAGCCGGUCCUGUCGGUUCAGAGACCGGUGGCGGUGGACGCUUCCCUCACACUCAUCUGACGGAGCUUUGGUGUAGUCUGGGCGGUGUUUCACGGCCAAGCACACGUGUCAAAUUGGGUUUCCAUGGAGACGUUGACAAACUCGGACCCUCCAACGUGAUAGACUGAACCGGAUCCUAUGUAGUCCAAGGCUAUAGAACAUGUAGUCAGCCUGCUGGCAGCGCACUACUAGCGGCCGUGAAACACCGCCCUAGUUAGAUAUUGUGUGGGUGACAUUCCACUGAUUAUGCUUUUGGAUAACCCUACUGCUGUGAUAUACCCUACAUCCAGCGAUGGUACGGAGCGUGCAGCCUUGCUUUCAGUAUAACUGCUACAUGUGUAUCUUCUCACGUCUAGUGCUGUACAGCCCACGAUCGAUCCAAACAAGUCGUGUGGUUCAGUGCCGAAAAUAUAUUUGACAUAUAUAGUGUCAAUAUCGAUUACCUGUCUACUGUUGAGCGCCAAAUAUAUAUAUGUUAUCGGGUUACAAA